ACAACACACAAACAGCUCUCCUUUCUCCGCGUGGCUAUAUAUAUUUCAGACAGUUGCUGUCAUUGGAAAUCAUUCAGACUUGAGCAAAAGAGAAAACGAGAAGGAACCCGAAACAAAAAAGAAACAGAUAUUUGUUAAGUGCAAGUUUGGUUCUAGUUGGCGAAGCCAAAACAACUUACUUUCUUUCUUUCUUUCUUUAUUCUACUACGCUCGCUUCAAAUUCAUUUGUGUGCUCAAAUUCGGAUGACUAUGGCUGUCAAAAUCAUCGUCCCGCUGUUACUGAUCGUCUUGCCUUUCGUCGUCACCAGUAAUUCAGAUUCGGCUGACACUUGGAGAUGUGGCAUCUUUUUCGCUGGUAAUCCGGGUACUCCUCCUCGUGCCAAAAUCUUCAUCCUGCCCAAGAAAUUCCCUGCCGAUUGCCAUGCACCUCGAGUGGAUACUUAUAACGGCACUUGUUACGAAGUGAUGAGAAAGGGACUGAAGGAGUGGAACUUUGAGAACCCUAGUCGCAUCCGCAAGCAAUCCGGCCACACCAUCGGCGACGAUUUGUGCGGACCCAUUCCCCGAGAUAUUAAAGCGCCCGGCCUCGAAAUGGGUUUCUACUUCGCGUAUUGCGGUAGCGAUUGGAUCGACACUAAACUCAGAAAACCCGAACGUCUCUGCUGUAGGCAAAGGAAGCAAGUGCCUUGUUAACUCCAGUCGUCUCAUCGUUUUAUCUCGAAUUAUUUCAAACGUAUUAAUGCCACCUGGUGUGUCCUAACCGAUAAUUUUUUGGAAUUCACGAAUCAAUAUGAACUAAAUGUUUUGGUACAAAUGAGUAAAUACGGUAUAAACACACUAAACAUUUAUUGAUGGAAUGCAAAUUAUGCAAAUGUACACGUAAAAGACAAGGAAAAGCGUAGCCAAAAACAACUAACAGACGUGUCACGAAAAUAAAUCAAAUAAACCAUG